AAUACGAAGCACCCCUGAAAGAACCGCAAUAGUCAUGGUGGAAAAUUUGAAGAGAGCGUACCGAUGCGCCAAGAAUCGAAGAAGAUAAAGUUAAAUAUUGAUUAAAAUUUCUGCUACAAAAAUAUAUAUAUGUAAUUAUAUAUUGUAAAUGUCUUUAAUUUAAGUGAUAUAAAUCAAAUAUAUAUGUGUAACGUUUAAUAUUUUAAUACGCGUCAAAGUACAACGAGUGAAGCUAACCGCACACACACAAAGAAAAACGGGGUACUUUGCGAGCAAAAAUAAAAAACAACCACACAAAAAAAUUGGAAAACUAAAGAACGCUGCGUAAUAGACGGUGGUGUACAUAAAAGAGUUUAACAAAAAUCCGAAUCAGUUGAAAGUGUGAUUUUUUUGAGCCUUUGUCUGUAAGUGAAGAGAAAGCUUUAAGCGGAAUUACAUAUAAAUAAAUACGAAGCCAGCCCGUCGCCAUUUUGAAAGUGAUUUUACAAUACAUACACAAAAACACAUACACACACACACAUUCAGCGAAAAAGCCCCCUCAUCAAAAUCUGAGAAAAUCAACAAAACCAAACCAACAUUUCCGUAACAUUUUAAUGUGAACCAACAAACAAAAUCAAGGCAACUUUUAAUCCAAAAAAACGAAAAUUCAAAACCGUUUUGUAUAAUUGAAAUCUGUAUAACAAAAGUGGCUAAGAAAAUCCCCGCAGCCUGCAGAGCGAGAAAAUCGAUAGCUGCGACACACACGUAUACAUAUACUAUACAGUGGAAACCCGUAGUGGAGCAAGCGAGAUAGCACUAGCAGCAUCAGCACAUUCGUGUGAAGAGGAGGUCUACAGCAGAAAAAGACCAGUCCCGAACCAGCAGCAGCAGCAUCAGGAGAAAAAGCGGUGGAAAUCAGUUUUUGGAAAAAGGAGUUUGCAAAAUUAUAGCUAAGGAUUAGCUUAAACAGAAUAACAGAGAUAAUUCAACAGACUGAUAACAAUACAUAACGUUACAAAAGUUAAACUACAUUAAAGUAAAUAACAGAGAAUUGUACAUAAGAAAAACGAGACGCAAACCGGACGGAGAAUAGCGCCUACGUGCCCAGCCGCCCGUUGCUCGCCCUAGAUCUUGCAGAUCGAUUCGUCGAUUUGGAGAUCGAGAGAGAACAGUGGAGAGAGAGAGAGAGGGAGAAGCAGCAGUCAGAGAGUAAUCAACAACAACCAAAGACCCAAAGAAGCAGCUGAAAAUAUCAACAAUUACAACACGUGGCAUUUGUUUAAGAGAGCAAGAGGCCCCCCUACUCCCCGAGUUUGGUUUCGAUUUAUAAAAAAUAUAAAUUGAUUUAAGUGCGUGUGAUAUUUAACGUUAAGCAUUAAUUUAGCGAAAUAACCAAAAACAAAAAAGGCAAAACAGCAGAAAUUUUAAAGAGGAAAGAGAAGAGAGAGAGAAAUAAGUAGAAGAAAGAACGCGCUUGGUAGAGCUCUCAAGGAGAAAAGAGACGAAGAGAAGAGGAGAGAAGAAAGUUAAGAUCAGAUCAAGGAAGAGAAAACGACGGAAUUACUAUGACAUACUCGCACAAUAGCGUUAGGAACAACAUCAGAAUGACAACAGCAUCGGCCACCAAGGCCAUACGAUUGAAAAAGGGCGCCGCAGGAUCUGCUGCGUCCCCAUCCGCAUCCGCAACCCCAUCACCGACAUCCACCGCAUCCGCACCCACAACACCCUUGGUAACUGCACAUUCCAACAGUAUUGCCAGCAGUACAAAUAUCAAUAGCCACUUCCAUCAGCAAUCCCUGAGCGCUGCCGCAUCCCCCACAACCUGUUCCGGCCUCGGCCUGUCCGCCCUGUCCACCAGCAGCAGCACCACCACAACGCCCAAUAGCCGCCAGCAGCGGCAACAGCAGUCCCAGUCGGCGGGAGGCGCCCAGCGUAGCCGCCAGCAACAGCAGCCGCAGCAGCGACAGUCGCCACAGCAGACCGGCGGUGGAGGAGGCGGAGGAGCCUUCUUCUUUGCCAACAACAACGGUAGCGCCAGCAAGCGCAACGGCGGCAGGUCUCCACAGGGAAUGGGAAUGGUGGUGCGUCAGUCACCGGCGACAAUUCUGGGCGGCGGAUUCUCCCCCCCAAUGGCCAUCAACGGCGGAUCGGCGCGCAAGCAGCGCAAGAGUCCACCCACCAUUGGCGCCUUCGGUGCAUCGCCCCAGCAGCAGCACCCCCUCAUACCCACCGCAUUGACGCAUUUCGCUGGCAGCAAGUGCUUCGACGCACCAGCACCAACGGCGCUGCCAAAACCGCCGCAGCACUGGACGCUGUCCAAGUCCGAGGAGAAGCUGGCCAGCAGCGCUGGUCCGGCCCUGCAGAGCCUGAUGCGAAGUGGCGGCGAGUAUUUGUCGAGCCCCAGGUUCCAUCUGGGAGGAAAGUCCUCGAAGCGCAAUCUCCUCGACGACUUUGACACGCACAAUCUGAAGCUGCUGCUCAAUGUGCAGUCGUAACAGGUGGCAAAAGCAGGAGCAGGAGCAGGAGGAAGGAUCAGGCGUUAAGGAUCAACGAACGAACACAUACGAGGCGAUAAAACCGACGAAAUGGAUUGAAAAUGGUGGACCCAGAACCCGUCAAUGAGAAAUAAAGAAAACAUG